CCUGCCUCCGACACCUCUUCUUUCUUCCACUUCCCCUCUUUCUGUUUCGCUUUCAACAGAGACUUCACUUUCCCAACAUCACCUGAGAAAGGGAUACCCUUCACACGCACGCCUUCUGUUUCUCUCUUUCUCUUUCUCUUUCUCUUUCUUUUCUCUUUUCUUCUGCUUCAGGACGCACAACAACAGGACAACAAUUACAACAACUACUGCAACAUGAUUAACUUCGAAGAAACCGAGUUGCGACUCGGCCUCCCUGGUGCCUCCGCAACUGAUCAUGGCGAGUUAACUCUGAAGGGCACUGGUGGCAAGAGAGGCUUCUCUGAAACUGCUUCUGUUGAUCUAAAGCUCAAUCUUUCUUCCAAUAACGACUCUGCCUCGGUUUCACCGGCUACUGAGAACCCCAAAGAGAAAACUACAACAGUUGAACCUCCUCCUCGGGCUAGCGACCCAGCAAAGCCACCUGCAAAGGCACAGGUGGUGGGUUGGCCACCAGUGAGAUCUUUUAGGAAGAACAUAGUGAAUGUUCAUCAUCAAAGGAGCAAUAGCAAUAGCAAUAGCAAUGAAGAAGGAGCAGCGGCGUUUGUGAAAGUGAGCAUGGAUGGUGCACCGUAUCUACGGAAGGUGGACAUAAGGUUGUACAAGAGCUACCAAGAGUUGUCAGAAGCGCUGGCUAAGAUGUUCAGUUCCUUUACAAUUCAGAAGUGUGGGUCCAAAUUGAUAGACCUUUUGAAUGGCUCUGAUUAUGUACCCACAUAUGAAGACAAGGACGGAGACUGGAUGCUCGUCGGUGAUGUUCCCUGGGAAAUGUUCGUUCAAACAUGCAAGCGCCUCCGCAUAAUGAAGGGUUCUGAAGCAAUUGGCCUUGCGCCAAGAGCCGUGGACAAGUGCAAGAGCAGAAGCUGAAGUGUUUAUGUUAACUGGGUUUGGUUUUGUCCCCUCCCUCGCUCCUUCCUAUUAUCAGUUAUGCGUUUACCUUCACGUUAUGCACAGCAUUCAAGACUCUGUUCUCAGUAAAAUUAUUAGGAUCUGGUUGGCUUAGGAUGAUGUUGGACAGCCUACGAUCUAUGAACAAAAAGAUAAGGUGGACCCCUGCCACGUGAUUCCUGUUCUUCCUUUUUAUUUCUGGGAUCCACUCAUUUAUUUCACAUGUUUCCUUCUUUUCAUUUUUAAUUCAUUAAGAGGCUGUUAACAGAAGACCUGAUUAUCUCAUUCAAUUAUUUUUUAUUUUUAAAUUA